GGUAAGCAACUGCCAGUACCUAUAAGACCAAUAAUAUUUCAAGUUGGCUUGGUCAAUAUGCCCCUCAUCCGCAUAGAAGUGAGCGAUUUCAAGUCGUAUCGGGGCCACCAAGUCAUUGGACCGUUCAAGAACUUCACCUCCGUUAUCGGCCCCAAUGGUGCUGGAAAAUCAAAUCUCAUGGAUGCAAUCUCUUUUGUGCUCGGUGUAAAGAGUGCGCAACUACGCAGCAGCCAGCUGAAAGAUCUCGUCUACCGUGGGCGACGGCUCGCCAAAGGCCCUUUAGAUGGCUCCGAUGCCACGCAAGACCAGGAAGACGAUGAUAAUAGUGAUGACCAGGGUGAAGGGACCGCCAAGAAGGCAUGGGUGCUUGCAGUGUUUCAGGAUGAAAAGAGAAAGGAGUGGUUAUUCCAACGAACCAUAUCGACCACUGGAGCGUCUGAAUACCGUCUUAACAAUAAGGUCGUCACCUACUCCGUGUACAAUGCCGCCCUGACGUCCCACAACAUCCUCGUCAAAGCCAAGAACUUCCUCGUCUUCCAGGGUGAUGUCGAGGCUGUCGCAUCUCAGUCUCCAAGAGAGCUUUCACGCCUCAUAGAGCAAAUAUCAGGUUCUCUUGAGCUUGCCCAGGAGUAUGAGAAAGCCAAGGAAGCUCAAGAACGCGCAACAGAGAACGCAACAUUCAACUUCACGAAGAGGAGAGGAAUCGCGGGCGAGAUCAAACAAUAUAAGGAACAAAAAGGCGAAGCAGAACGAUUUGAGAGCUUGUGCGAUCAAAAGGAUGACCUUAUCUUGAAACGCAUUCUCUAUAAGCUUUUCCACAUUGAAGAGGCACUCGAAGCGAAUGCCCGCGACAUUCAAACAAAGUCGAAGGCCCUCGCUGGUUUACGUGCAGAGCAUGAAGAACACGAGAAGGCUCUUGAGAACGUGCGUGCAGAACAAGCGAGGGCCCGCACAGCAGUCGUACGAGAGGAGAAGAAAGUCAAGAAGGCCGAAAAGGCGUUGGAAGCUAAGUAGGAACCUGAGCUAGUGGAGGUCGACGCUCAGAUCAAGCACUCAUCCAGAAAACUGCAAAAUUCACAGAAGAUACAGGAGCAGGUUGGCAAUGAUGCUGAACGUCAACAAGCUAAGCACCACUCGCUUAGGCGAGAUCUUUCCAAUGCUAAACAGGCUGCAGAUGAGGCUGCAGAGG